AUGUCAACACCAUCACCUUCUGGUUCAUAUUAUGAAAAAAUCAUAAGCGACGAGCAAUGGUAUAUUGUCCAAGUGGUCAUCGUGGUGGUCAUCUCAGGUCUCCUCAGUCUGUUCGGCGUGGCCACCAACAUCAUCAACAUUGUGGUGUUUGCCAAGCAAGGUUUUCAGGACAGCAUGAACAUCAGCCUCAUGGCGCAUCCCCUGGUGGUGGAUAGUGGAGAGGCCUUCAGAUACCGAGGGCUCGCUGUGUCUGACCUGUGCUCCCUGCUGACCAUGAUAUGGAUAAGCAUCUGCUGGAACCCACUCUUUUACAACUCUAAGUUGCACUUUGACCCCAGGGAUAUAUCGAACCUCACUGGGGCCAUGCCCCAUGUCCUCUUUGUCAAAAUCGCCACUUUUAUAACCGCCUUCAUCACCUUUGAACGAUGUCUGUGUAUCGCUGUCCCUCUGAAGGUGAAGACGAUCAUCACACCGAGAAGGACAAAGACAAUUAUUAUCUCCUUCUACAUUGCCUUGGCUGUUUUGAUGAUUCCCUUCUGCCUUGGAAACAGACUUGAGUGGGUUUACGAUUUGACCGCAAAUGCUACUGUGCUAAGAGCCACGCACGCGGCUGAGAGAGAAAUGCUAGAAGCCAUUACAUUUCUCACCCAAGACGUAAUUGCUACGACGUUUUCCUUCGUCUUCGUCAUCUGCUGUACCAUUGUUCUCAUCGUCAAACUCAAAAGCAAAACAAAAUGGCGACAGGCCACUGUAGCCAAGUCUGAUCGUGUAGCGGGAGGUGUUGGCGUCAAAGAUCGAAAGGUUGUGAAAAUGGUGACCUUCAUCGCUGUCAUUUUCAUUGUCUGCACCGUUCCUUCCACGCUCUUGUUUCUCAACAUGGUGAUUGACCCAAGUUUUCAUCUUGAUGGUGACAAAGGCUCGCAGAGAAAACUGUACAUCAACCAGCAGUUGGCAUCAGGAAGCCGCUGCUGGAUCGCUGUGACUGACCCGUGGUCCCUGCUGCCCACGAUAUGGCUAAACAUCAACGCGAACCCUCUCUUCUACCAGUCUGUUGCCCUAUGA